GCACCGUUAGGCUGCUAACCCAAUCUCCACAAUGUGAUGUAGAAGAAGACGUUUUACGGGAAGCGGGAAGGGACAUCAAAGCCCUCCAGCACCGCGCAAAUAAUUAAACAAACUAACAAAGGAGUGUCACCGAGGUGGAAAUCAUGUCUUCUGCGGAGGAGGUAUCGCCAUCUGCAUCUUCCCACUCUUUGUCGCCCCCUUCCUCCCCUUCUACACCUCCUCAAGUUGCACACUUAAUUGGGAAGAAAGAGGACAUUGCCAAAGCAGGACAUGUUACCAAGCUGGUAAAUGGAUGCAGAGAUGUUCUUGUACUGUUUCACCAGGGGCGGUAUCAUGCCAUGGACAUGCGUUGCUACCAUGCUGGUGGUUCAUUACUACAUGGAGAUAUUGAGGAAUUUAAUGGGCAGCAGUGCAUCGUGUGUCCAUGGCACAAGUACAAGAUCACACUGGCAGAAGGGGAGGGGCUUUACCAAGCUGUGGACAACCCUACUGUCAAACCACUGAGAACACAUUGGCGUUCAAAGGGAGUCAAACAGAGAAUUCACAAAGUCACAGAACUGAAUGACAAUGUUUAUGUAACACUUAAUGACUCCACUGAGCCCAUUGAAUCUGAUGUUUACCAGACUGAGAAGUACAGGACGUCUAUUCCAUCGCCUAGCCAAAUAACAAACGAAAGACAUAGCCCCUGACUGAAGGCUUCUUUGACUAUCAAGCAAAAAGGACUCCCUGUAGAUGUGUCCAUGUACAUGUGUCCAUGCUCGUGUGGUGAGGUUUACUCAGGAGAAUCUUCAGGAGAUAUUUGUUUCAAUGUGGUUUUUGAAGAUGGUUGGUUUAAAGGACAAUAGCAAACUUUUGAGAAUAUCUGUAAAUAAUAUCUGUACAAAUUUUGUGUUUAUAUACAAUGCAUGUUUCAGAAAUGUUUAUUAAAAACCUGAUAUUUCUUUUUGUUUGAUUUA